UCCUGAUCUGUUUAACAAAGCUAAACAUUAUAAGGCGAUAAACGAAACAGUUGGGUGCAAUGGAAUAUUUUCAAACAGGAAUUUUCAGGAAUGGAAAAAGAACAGGAAAUUGGUAACUGCGGGGUUAAAAUAUUCGAUGCUUAAAAUGUUUGUGCCAAUAUUUUACGAGGAAGCAAAAUUCUUGGGCGACAUAAUGUACGAGAAAAGGGAAAUCAAUUCAAAUGAAUGUGAAAUAAGCUGUGCAAUCGGAAAUGUGACUAUGGAGAUCAUCGGAAGAACCGCUUUGGGUGUAAAAUUUAAUGCACAAAAAAACGCCAAACACCCAUUUGUGGAGAAUACUCAUAUUAUUCAAAACAUUUGGACAUACCGAGUAACACACCCGUGGCUUAUGAACAACAGUCUGUUUAGGUUGUCGGCGUUUAAACGUAAACAGGACAUUAUUAAAAGUGAAAUGUAUAAUUUUAUUGAAGAUAUAGGGAAGAAAAUAAUUACAGAAUUGAAAAAAAAUAUAAACAGUCAGGGAGAACAUAACAAAGAGUGUAUUGGCCUUAAAUCUAAAUCUUUAAUUGGGAUACUGCUCGAAAAUGGAAAUCAGAUGACAUUUAAGCAAAUACAGGAUGAAAUAAUGACUGUUGUAGUCGCGGGUCAAGACACAACAUCUCUGACGAACGCAUGUACAAUAUUUAUGUUGGCUCAUCAUCAGGACGUACAAAAUAAAGUGUUGGAAGAGUUAUUGACAAUAUUUUCUUCUGGCGAUCCGGACAGACCACCUACCUAUGAGGAUUUACAAAAAAUGGUUUACUUGGAACGUGUAAUCAAAGAAACUCUGAGACUUUACACGGUUGUUCCUGUGUAUGCAAGAAGCGUUGAAAAAGAAACAAUGAUUGGAGGAUAUUUAAUCCCUGCAGGGUCAACGCUUGUAGUUUUCACUCAUCUGUUACACUUGAAUGCGGAAUUCUAUCCGGAACCAAAAAUGUUCAAUCCGGACAAUUUCUUGCCAGAAGCAUGUCGCAGUCGCCAUCCGUAUUCGUUUCUUCCUUUUAGUGCUGGUUACAGAAAUUGCCCUGGUAUCAAAUAUGCAAUGCUUCAAAUCAAAACUAUCAUCUCAACGUUGGUCAGGUCUUAUCGGUUUUCUCCGUCGGAUAAAUGUCCCAAACCUGAAAAUCUUCGUUUAACCAUAGGGAUGACACAAAAAUUUGUCAACGGGUGCUACGUUAAAAUAGAAGCGAGAACAUAACCAAUUAUUGAAGCAGGAUUCUGGGUUAUAAUUCUUUACAUAUAUUAUGGAUAAGGUUGUUCGGAUAAUUACCUAAUCAUAUUGGUAAAGGGGUUCGUUUUAUUUUAUUUUUCAUCGGUUUCGGUUAACUCAAAUAUUAACUAUAACUAAUAAGUUAUAUAAUUAUGUUCAUUGGUUGGUGUUGUCUAGUCUGUCAAUAGAUUUUCUUUAAAUUCAUUAAGCUUUUAUCAUCGUUUAUCUGUUAGUUAAUAAAAUCAAUAUAUAGGU